CGCGUUGAUCAAGGACACAGGGAAGAGGACGCACGCAUAUAUAACUGCACUUGACCACCGCUUUCUUUAUCCAACUCGUUCUACCUAGUUCAUUCGAGUUCUCUCAGUGUUCUCGCAGGAAGAACCUUAACUCAUCCGAAAUGAAGGUGCUGCUCGUCUGCGGUCUCGUCCUCGUCGGUGCUUUCCUAGCUGAGGCGGCCGGGGGCCGGGAAUUGUGCGGACUGAGCCAUGGCGAUAUCAAGGGAGUUCUCCGCUGCAUGGCAGAGCACGCGCCUCCUGAGGUGAAAACCAAGGCACUGGAGGUCCUUGGCGAGAAGGGAGACAACGUGGCCGAGAUUAUUAAGGCGAAAUGCGAAACUGAUGUGGACUUUGCCUCGCUGAUUUCGACAGUGUUCUCGGAGCACGUGGCGGCCGCUAUUAAAACAGCCUACAACCACUGCAAGCCUGCCUCUCGUUAGCCUACAAUGAGGCCAUGCGGAGCACCGUUCAGAAAAAAGAGUCAUUGCUUUUUUUUAGAUCGGUAUACUGUGCGCCAAAAUAAAGGCUGAAGCAA